GUCAAUAGUGUCAAGUAUCAUUCUGUCAGAUUUUGGUUUGAGUAAUUGAGUUCAGAUUCUCAAGAUCAAAAUUGAAAUAUUUUGUAUUUUAUGUGACAAAGAUAAAAAGAAUACGCAAUAAAAAUGGCCCGUAAUGUAGCGGAGACAGCUAGGAAAUUUUUACUUCUAGGUCAAUGCGUACCUACUGUAAAACAAAAUGCUGCAAAAAUAAGAGUGAAGAGGUUAGAACUAGACGAGAACCUACUCAUGUAUUUCAGAAAAGAUGAAUUUUACUACUGCCAUGAUCCCCAAAAAAUCUGCAAGACUGGCGAUAUCGUUCUCAUACAGUCCCUACCACAAAAACUUACAAAACUAAUUACUCAUGAAGUGAAAGAAGUUGUUUAUCCAUUCGGUGACAUUACUGACCCUAUCACAGGCAAGAAGGUGGCUAAAGAACAGUAUAGGGAGGACAUGGACAGACAAGCACAGAUUUAUGGAAAAUUAGAUUCUGCAUUCAACUAUGACAAGGCUCCACCUAGAGGCUGGCAAGAUGGAAAGAAAGAUUUUACCUCUAAGCCUACUUACACCAAAUUCCAUGUUUUUGAUGAAAAUGAUCCCUAUGCUAUUUAAUUUAUGUAAAAGUUGUAUAGUGUAAUUAUUUAGUAAUAAAAUAGUGUUAGCAAAUUAG